CACGAGCAAGUAUGAGGAAAAAGACACAUUGGCGGAAGACCCCAAACCCUUCCAAACUUGCCCCCCACGAAGAGGAACAAGAUGUUUUUCUUUCAGACGAGGACAUGGGCCUCCUGGAGGAGUAUGGCUCGUUCACAAGCUUCUUGACAAACCUCAAUCCAGAAGAGCUGACUCGCAAUGAGGUCUUGGAAGGACCGGACGCCAUAAUGCGGGCCAAAGGAAAAUUUCGCAUAUCUACUGGCGAGUCCGUCUCUGACAUUGACGAACAGGAUCAUUCUGACUUAGAAGCGUCCUAUGAGCAGCGACCGCGCCCUCUGAAGCGGGACUGGAAGGAAGAAGGAAAGACGAGAUUACCAGUUAGAGGCGAAGAUGGCCAGCUGAGAGCGCAACAAGUUGUUGUUAUUGAAGAAGCAGGUAGACAUGAAGCCGGAGGAUGAAGAGAGUGAUGAAGAAGUGGAUCUACCACCCGUUGCCAAAAAGGAAAGGGUGGAAAAGCCAAAGGCACCGAAGAAUGAAUCAAACGAUACUCAACCAAAGGCGCAACCAAAAAGCCGGGCCGGACGACUGGUCGACGCUCAGGAGAAAUUGGCGGAGAUUGCGUCGACCAUCAUCGAAGAUCCCGAAAAGCAUAUCGCACAUCUAAAGAAUCUUCGACAAAUUGGUGGUGACAAAGACGUCCAAAUCAAAAAACUGGCCUUGUUGACCCAGCUCGCUGUAUACAAGGAUAUCAUCCCGGGCUACCGUAUUCGUCAGUUGACGGAAGAAGAGCAAACCAUGAAAGUGUCAAAGGAUGUUAAACGGCUGAGGCAAUAUGAAGAAACCUUGCUCGCUAAUUACCAAGCCUACCUUCAGAUCCUUGAAAACACUGUUCAAGCGUCCCUCAAAUCAUCCGACUCUGACAAGGCCCUCCUCGUCAUCGCAAUCCAGUGCAUGGCGGACCUACUCACAUCUGUAACACACUUUAACUUUCGGCUCAACCUAUUGACUGCGGUCGUUGCUCGUAUGACUCUCAAAACCCCACCAGAAGUCGCUGUCAUCUGCUGCAAUGCGCUUUGUACUCUCUUUGACAAUGAUGAAUCCGGCGAAGUGAGCCUCGAAGCGGUGAAACUUAUUGCUAAGGCAAUCAAAGCCAAACACUUCAAUGUGCAAGAGGAGGUGCUGAGGACAUUUCUACACCUAAGGUUGAACCAGGAUCUUGCUGCUGGGAAUGAUCAGCCUGUGGAAAAGGAGCGAGGGACCAAGGACAGAGCUUCUAACAAGAGAAAAAGCACCGAGAAACACGUAUCACGCAAAAAGCGAAAGAUUGAAAAGCACAACAAGGAGAUUGAAAAGGAGUUUAAGGAGGCUGAGGCAGUUUACGAUCGAGAGGAAGUGAAGAAACGACACACGGAGACAUUGAAAUUUGUGUUUUUGACGUAUUUUCGGAUAUUGAAGAACGCACAGGCAUCUCCAUUGCUGCCUGCUGUGUUGGAGGGGCUCGCAAGAUUCGCACAUCUUAUCAAUGUCGAAUUUUUUGCCGACUUGCUGAACGUUUUGAAAAGGAUAUCUUUUGAACAAUAUCAGCAAUAUCUUGCGGGAGAUGUCGCAUCAGAAGCAGACACCCGAAGUGCAUUUCACUGCGUUAUUGCAGCUUUUCAACUUCUCAGUGGCCAGGGUGAAGCCCUUAAUCUGGACUUGAAAGACUUUUACAACUCCAUGUACACACAGCUGAUGCGCUUACCUAUGAACCCGGAGGCAGCGCUCGCGGUAGCCGGUACAGCAGCUACGACAAAAAGGCGGGCACAAAAGGCAAAGUCAUCGACGCUUGUGCAUAUUGAGAACCGAUCGGGUAGCGAAAUUGAGCUGGCGUUGCAAGGGUUCGAAUUGCUCUUUUAUAAGAAGCGACAGGUGCCCGCCGAACGCGUAGCAGCUUUCGUUAAGCGACUUGCAAUCGUGGCCCUUCAUCUCCCUGCAAAUGCCGUUUUAGCAUGUCUGGCCAUUAUUCGUUCCCUCAUCAUCCGAUUCCCCCGUUUAGAGUCUCUACUGGACGCCGAAGGCCGUUUGGGAACAGGUAUCUACCAACCAAUGCUGGACGACCCCGAGCUUUCAAAUCCCUUCGCUACCAAUCUAUGGGAAAUGACGCUCUUUAUGCAACACUAUCAUCCCACUGUUUCCUCUCUCGCCAAACACGUCACAUCCACGAUUGCUAUUACCCAGAAAGGCACCGCUCAUGUCACCAACGUCCACAAACCCCUCCCCAGCAAUCUUGCUUUACCACCAAGAGAUUUUCUCACCGCAUUUGAUCCCCAACCAGCGAUUGUCGGAAACCCACGGUUCCAUUUGGUCCCCGCGGCGGAGAUACCUGGUUCCAUUGCGUCGAUACUGAAGAAGAAGAAGGAGAAGGGCAUCAAAUACGCAGACGGUCCCACCGUGGUCCUCGAAAGUAGUUUCAUGGAGAAUCUGAGAGAGAGCACGGCCACCACUGAUGACAACAAUGUGUCCCUUGCAAAGUCUUUCAGAGAGAUGAAAGAAGUUGGUGAGCUGAAGGAGUUGGAGGCCGUGGCAAGCCGGUUGCGAAUCAUGGUGGAGCUUUUGAAGGAACAUGCCGCGAUGGACGACGAGCAUUCAGACAGCGGGGAGGAGCCAAAUGAGUUUGGUGUAGUAGAUAGUCAAAGUGAGGAAGACGGUGAGGACCAACGUUUUGAGGCACCACCAGCACCUCAACAGCUUAAAAAGCGACGAAAAUGUAUGGGUGGAACAAAAGGUCGACCUGGGGGUGGAUGGGUAGUGAAGGAUGUGACAGGUAGAUGAUUGUAUAUCAAAAUAUCUAUAUAGAAGCCACUAGGUAUAAGAACGCCCAACGCUGACGUGCGUUUUAAGCAAUUCUAGCUGGAAAAUACAUCAAAUGUGCUUCACCCAUCCUCUGGGGACUUGGCCACGUUACCCAG